UUCAGCGCCUCUCUGCUCAUGGUUCUACAAACAGUUGACAGCGCGCCCUUUCAAUCCCCUCUCUAAAAAUCGAAAUUGAUGACAACAACAAUGGCGAAUCGUGGAAAAAACUAGGUUUUAUGCACCACCAAAACGGGAAUCAGUACUGAAUUUCUCUUAAAAUGGAAUCAAUUUCGUUAUUAUCAUCGUCUUUGCACAUUCACCUCCACCACAAAAACCUUAUCUCUCUACACUUAUCUUCAAUAAACCCUUCCAUAGUUUCCUUUCCUUAUCGUUUUUCCACGUCGCCUUCACAGCGGUUAUGUGCCGUGAAAACUAGUAGUAAUGGUGGUGGCAGUAGCCAGCAAGAUGGCACUGCUUACCGCGGCGCCGAUUUUCUCAGAAAGCCAGUGGUGGAGGUGAACGACGACGUUAUAGAUUCUUCGAAAAGCGAGGAUUCUGAUUACGAAGAUAAUGGAGGGAAGAGAAGAGGGGAAGAUGGAUGGGUUGAUUGGGAAGAUCAGAUUUUGGAAGAUACUGUACCCUUGGUUGGUUUUGUUAGAAUGAUUCUUCAUUCGGGCAAAUAUGCAAGUGGUGAGAGAUUAAGUCCUGAGCAUGAGAGAACUAUUCUAGAGAGAUUGUUGCCACAUCAUCCUGAAAGUGAGAAGAAGAUUGGAUGUGGCGUUAGUUACAUCACGGUUGGUUACCAUCCAGAUUUUGAAAGCUCAAGAUGUCUGUUCAUAGUGAGGAAGGAUGGAGAAAUGGUGGAUUUUUCAUAUUGGAAAUGCAUAAAAGGUUUGAUAAGGAAAAACUAUCCUUUAUAUGCGGACAGUUUUAUCCUCAGGCAUUUCCGAAGACGCAGGCAUAACGACUGAGACAUAAGAGGGAUAUUAUUGUAAUUUUAGGUUUCAUCAAAAUUAGAAUAAGUUUCCUUCUUUUAUGGUGUGCAUAUGACUUUGCUUGCUUCUUCAUACACAUUCAAGAAUACAAUUAUGGUUGGUUGCAAUUGCAAAAUUUUAGAGAAAAUGUAAAGAUCAACUCUUUCCUUCUUUGCACUUUUGAAUUUUUCUCUUGUAUCUUUUGGGUAAUGACUUGUAAAUC